GGGGCAUACAGCGUUCGUUAGUCGUUAUUUGAACCUAGCUGUUCAAUAGCGUGCGGAGAAGAAGGGAGAGAAGAUAGAUUUGUCGCCGUGGCAGUAAACGGGAGGUGUUACUGCACGCGGACAGUGCAUCAUUGGAGAGCGGAGAUAUACCAAUCUUAGCAGGCAACAUUUUUGUAUGUUGUACGGGAAAAAUGGUAUACAUUAACGUCGCCGUCUGCCUGUCAAUUCUUCUGUUUAUGAUCGGAUUAUCCGUGGGACUAAGCGUGAACACAUUUAAAGGUCGAGAUGCUCUCGACUCGGCACCGCUUAUCGAUGGUCACAACGAUCUACCAGAGAAUCUCUAUCAAAUGUUGAGCAAUAAUUUAUCGGCCUUUCACUUCGAAGACGAUCUGAGCAAUGACGAUGUAUGGGGAAGAACCGCCUGUUCCGUGUGUUUCACCGAUCUGCCCCGUUUAAUUGCAGGAAAAGUGGGUGGACAAUUCUGGGUAGCGUAUGCCGGCUGUGAAUCGCAGUACAAGGAUUCUGUGCAAAGAACUUUACGGCAGAUCGACGUGAUAAAACGACUGAUUCAGCGAUACCCGACCAAUCUACGAUUGAUCAGUGCAGCGGCGGACAUCGAGACUACGUGGAGAAGCGGCAAAAUCGCGUCUAUGAUAGGCGUCGAAGGCGGUCACUCCUUAGAGUCAAGUCUAGCGGUCCUUCGGCUUUACUACGAGCUCGGAGUACGCUACAUUACCUUGACUCACACAUGCAACACGCCAUGGGCUGACUCGUCGUCCGUAAAUGACGGAUCUGUGUACAAUCUGACGGAAUUUGGGCAAAAAAUUAUUCACGAAAUGAAUCGAAUCGGAAUGAUGGUCGACUUGGCGCACGUGUCGCAUCACGUUAUGAGAGAUGUGCUCGCGAUCACAAAGGCUCCCAUCAUAUUUUCGCAUUCGUCUGCUUUUGGUGUUUGCGCCAACUACAGAAAUGUUCCCGACGACGUUCUGCAUUCAGUCAAAGAAAACAAGGGUAUUGUUAUGGUGAAUUUCUAUAGCGGUUUCGUAAACUGCAAUUCUUCAAGAAAUGCUACAUUACAGGAUGUCGCAGAUCAUAUAAAUUAUAUCCGAAAUCUUAUCGGAGUGGACCACGUUGGUAUUGGCGCAGAUUACGACGGUGUACAUUCAGUACCGGAGGGCUUAGAAGAUGUAUCAAAGUAUCCUGAUCUGUUUGAUCGUUUGUAUGAGAGCAAAGAAGGUGAACCAACAUGGACCAAAGAGGACUUGGAGAAACUAGCUGGCAGGAACUUCAUACGAGUUUUUCAGGCUGUAGAAACGGUACGGGAUUCAUUAUCAUUCGAGCCGCCCCGAGAAGACAUUAUCAACGGAAAUGAAUUGUAUAUCGCGCAAAAGAGAGAAGGACUUAAGCCAGGUGAAUGCCAAACUGCGAAUGAAUGGAAAAACGUAAAUCCAGAUUUGAAAACUGAAUAGAAAAACUAAAUAAAGGAAUGCGAAGACACGCAAUAAUGAACUCCGUUGAUGAUUCAAAUUAAGUAAUAUUCUUUGUUAAAAUACUGAUAUUUGAAUCAACGCAAUUUAGUUCUUUUUUCUCCAGAAGAUCACUAUUAUGUAAUAUUUUUGUCAAGCAGAAAAGUAAAAAUAAUUUACUUCUUAUAUAUAUAUAUA